UGAAGUAAAUCAGAUUGUUUCGUCAAGUUAUUAAAAUUUUAUGCAAUAGGGGAGACUGGGGCUGGUUGUUACAGGGGUAGGUUGUUACAGUGCCAAUGGUAGCUAUACCGCGCGAGUUAGUGGCGCUGGCGUUCUUGUGAGAAGUGAGAAAAGCCCGGACAAGCAGCCGUAAAAAACGCAGGAUGAAGAAGUAUAAAAAAAAGAGUGAGCGUGGACAAAUAUCUAAAGACAUCUACGACAAAGCAGCAGCUGUCUUAGAAGAGGAUAAAACAAAAACAGUUCGUGGCAUCGCAAAAGAUUUUGGACUAUGUCAUAUGACGCUUACAAGAUACUUAAAAAAACGAAGCAAAGCAAAGGAAAAGGGCAUACCUAUGGAAUCUGUCACAUUCGGUUACCAGAAAAACAGACAAGUUUUUAACAACAAUGAAGAAACUAUUUUGGUGAAUUACUUAACGAAAUGUAGCCAAAUUUGCUACGGAUUAACGCCAAAAGAUGUCCGACAGUUAGCAUUUGCUUGUGCACUUAAGUACAAUGUUACUACACCGCAAUCGUGGCAUAAUAAUAAAGAAGCAGGAGUUGAUUGGAUGACAGCGUUUUUAAAACGCAACCCGUCUAUCAUCAACGAAUUUAAAAAGACUGGUAUUGCACCAUUUAAUAAAGAUAUUUUUCCGCAUGAGGACUUCUUGUCUGCUUUUGUUACUGACAGAGAAUUAGACGGCACGGCUAGCUCAAAUAUUGAAAAUACCCCAGUUACAACAGAGAACACUCCAAUUCAUUCCACUAAGAUUCAACCUCCGCCAACUCAAACUGCCUCCUUGAAUGACACUACAUCUCCUAUUUUGGAAUGUAUUGAAUCUACCUUUGCUCCCGAGAUCGUUCGACCUUACCCAAAAGCUGCUGCUAGAACAAAAAAGAUAACACGAAAAACUCGAAAAUCAGCUAUUUUAACUGAUACCCCGGAGAAGGAUGCAUUGGCACUGGAACAAAACAAGAAAAAAGAAAAUACAUCAAAGAAAAUUAAAGUGAUUAAGAAGGGAAUGACUGAGCCAAAAAAGGUGACCAAACAAGAAAAUACAAAUAAGAAAGGAGAACCAGCUAAGAAGAAAAGAAAGAUUGUUGUGAAGAGGAAGAUGAGCGCCUCUGUAAAUCUAAACGAUGAAAAGUUAAGCAUCACUACGCAUGUUUUGGAUACCAGCAGAGGUCGGCCUGCUGAUGGCUUGCCCGUGUGUCUGUACAAGUUUGAAAAUGACAAGUGGACUCUUCUAAAAGAAAGCACGACAGACUCAAACGGACGUUGCGGGGAUCUGUUGGAGGAUGAGCGAAGGACUUGCGGCAGAUUCAAGAUCGAGUUUCGGGUGAACGACUAUUUCAGGCGAAUCGCGACCACUUCCAUGUACCCAAUGAUCGACGUGAUGUUCGAUGUGCAAAAUCCCGGCGAGCACUAUCACAUUCCUCUGCUGCUGAAUCCUUUCGGAUUUAGCACGUAUCGCGGCUCGUAAUCGGCGUUAAAAGAUGAUUUCGCCACGUUUGCGCGGCGACACGGACGUUACAAAACGGCCCGAGGGAUUUGCUAGAAAAAAAUGCACUUUAUUCGUAGCCUACGCGUGUCUACAUGUCAAUCGAAUUGCGGGAGAGGACAGAGGAGAAUAAGUUGAGGUGACGCCAAAUUUACGAAGCCUCGUUGCGCAAACGUUGCAAAAAAUAAAAGACAAGCACAGUCGAAUUUACCUUGUUAAAUCGAACACUUGAUAUCAGAGAGGAUAAUAUUGACGAAUAUAUCUUGUAACUUGACCUUUUCAUCAUGAAAAAAUUUGCGAACCGUAAAGUUUCUUUAUCCUCGAAAUUUCGAAGUUUACGUUCCCGGGUGAAUCGCAAACUUUCUUUCGAUUGUCGCGAAGUUGCAUCGAAGAUCUAAUGAGAAGGUCGUCUUAUAAUUUCAAAAAUUACAGUUUUGACUAAAUUUUUUUAACUGGCCAUAAAUAUUUUCAAUUUGCAAAGAGUUAAUUACGUACCUACUUUGCGUUAAAGAUUUGCUUACACUAAAAAAAUCUAAUCUAAUAAUUAUAAAAUAUAAAAAGAAAACAGUCGCUAAUUAAAAAAUUAAAAAUAUAAUUAAAAUAUGAAAAUUUGGUUUUAUAUGAUGUUAUUUUAUCGUUGUUAUUUGCCGCUAAACGUGCUCGUUUAAUAUAUAUUUACAACGAAUUUAUUAUACAUUGUAAGAAAUCUCAUAUAGAUGAUAGAAGUUCUAUUUUCGCUAAAUGACGGAUCAUGCGUCAUACAUUAUUAUUGUAGACUCAAGUAUCGCGGUAUAAAUCAUUGACAUUGAAAAAGUCGAUACGAAUGAGGCUGAGGACAUAAUUACGCGACAUAAAAUUUCCAUUCUACAUAUAUAUCGUGCAAAUGUGAGCGGGGGAAAUUAAGAAUAGAGAAUUCGAUCGAUGCCGACGAUUCGAAGAACUCGACUGUAGAAACUCGAACGAGAAAGAUCAUAUUUUGAAAAUUUAUGUCGAUUGUAUCAACAGCUUACUUUACCAAGUUAUUUUAUCUCGGGAAACAUGUUUUUUUGGUAUCCGUACUUUGUGUAUGUUACUCUCGGAAAAACGAAAUAUGUAUUAUAACGAAUACUUUGAAGUUUA